GUUGAACAGCAGCAGUCCCGAGGCACCUUUUUCGACGGAGGGAAGGCUGCCGCUAGAGGCUGCACUCUCCAUGACACCAGUGCACGCACCCAUGAAGAGAGAUUGAGAAAGUACAUGAGAAUUCAACGGAGAACAGGAGAAAAUAAAAUGGUGAGCUAGCAUCCAUCAGUCGGAGUGAGCAUCUGCCAGCCCGAGAGAGAGAGAGAGAGAGAGAGGGAGGGGGCGUUUCAGCUCCCCAGCAAGAGAGCAAGUGAAGCAGCUCGCCGGGCUCAUCUUCACAUCCUUCACUGCAGCUGAGCGGAUGAGAUGAGAGGGCACAUCUGAGCCCAGCGCAACCCGCCCGGACCGCCGUCAACCGCAACCCCCCCCCAGCACCGCCACAAACCGGAGGCGGCCGACGCCUCGAUUACACCGAGGUCGGCGUAAAAACGCCAAGUGGCUCAGGGACUUGUGUGAACCAGCCGCUGUUUGGCAGAGAGCGCGUGAGCGCCGCACAGCUGCCUGAAUUGGGGAAGCUUUUGGCAAGUCGCAUCAGAGCAGGUGUGAGCGGAAGGAGAGAGGUUUGUUCCCAGCAUGCCACUUGCCCUGAAGCGCCACGCGGCCUCUGCGCCGACCCCAGGCUGGAUCCUGGUUUUUGCUCUCUUUUUGGCUGUGCAGGGUGCUACUUACGCUGCUCCCUCCGCUGACACUAAGCUGGUUCGGAGCACUCGAGUGAGGAGACAGAUCCCAGACGGGGAAGCGCCCUCCGCUUCCUCCACCAACCAGACGAUGCAGCAGCAACCUUUAGUCUUCAAUCACGUGUACAACAUCAACGUACCCGUGGAAUCUCUUUGCUCCGUCGACCUUGACACCUCCGCACCACCGGAGGACGGCCCGCGUGCUGAGCUCGGGUCCAGAGCUUCUCUGGAGGCACCACUGGACACAGUUGGACCUACAGAGUACACCGAACAGACACUGGAUGCCGACAGCCAGAUGACGUUCACUCACCGUAUCAACAUCCCGAAAGCGGCAUGCGGAUGUCCGGCAACUGUCACGAUCCAACAGCUCGCCGCCAGGGUGGAGAUGCUGGAGAGGGAGCUCUCCGUGCUCCGAGAUCACUGUGGAACCGGUUGCUGUCGGGAGAACCCGGCCAUCGGCCGCUUCGACUAUUUCCCCGGAUGCAACGGCCACGGCAGCUUCAGCCUGGAGCUGUGCGGCUGCGUAUGCGACGAAGGCUGGACCGGCAAAAACUGCUCCGAGCCCCGUUGCCCCAACGACUGCUCCGGCCAGGGCGUGUGCAUCGAAGGGGAGUGCGUGUGCGACCGCGACUUCGCCGGGGAAAACUGCUCCGAGCCCCGUUGCCCGGCCGACUGCUCGGGCCGCGGCUUGUGCAUCGACGGCGAGUGCGUGUGCGAGGACUCCUUCACCGGAGAGGACUGCAUGGUCGGGAGAUGCGUGAACGAUUGCUCGGACCAGGGACUGUGCGUCAACGGAACGUGCCGGUGCCGCCCCGGCUACGUGGGGGAAGACUGCUCGCUGGUGUACUGCGCCAACAAUUGCAGCAAGAAGGGAAUCUGCAAGGACGGAUUCUGCGUGUGCCAGGACGGCUUUGCCGGAGAUGACUGCAACUCAGUUGCACCUGCCAUGAACCUGAAAGUCCGAGGCGUAACAGAUAGAGAUAUCGAACUGGAGUGGGACGGUUCUGUGGUGCUGACGGAUUUUCUCGUGACCUACACACCAAGCAGCCCGGGAGGUAUUCAACUCGAAAUCCGUCUCCCGGGGAAUACCACAUCCUGCACUAUCUCAGACCUGGAUGCAGGAAUGGAGUACAACAUCAACGUGUUUGCCGUCAUUAAUAACAGCAUCAGUGUUCCUGCCAGCAUUACUGUCGCAACCUAUCUCUCCAAUCCAGAUGGUUUAGUCUUCAAAUCCAUCACCGAGACGUCAGUCGAGGUCCAGUGGCAACCUUCCUACUAUUCCUUCGAUGGCUGGGAGAUCAGCUUCAUCCCGAAGGACAAUGAUGGUGGAAUGACUGCCCAGCUGCCCAGCACCAUCACAUCUUUUCUACAAACUGGCCUGAGACCGGGAGAGGAGUACACAGUCAACCUGGUGGCCCUCAGAGACCAGGGUCGCAGUCAGCCCUUUACCGCCACCGUCACGACGUUGAUCGACGGCCCCACUCAGCUGUUUGUGCGCGAUGUGUCGGACACGGUAGCGUUCCUCGAGUGGACCCCGCCAAAAGCCAAGAUUGAUCAGAUUGUCUUGCGUUACGGCCUCGUGGGAGGAGCGGGCCCGCGUACGACUUUCCGCCUCCAGCCCACGCUCAGCCAGUACACGCUGCAGGUCCUCCGCCCCGGUUCGCGUUACGAGGUGUCUGUGAGCGGCGUGAGGAACGGCAACACCAGCGGAUCCAUUUCCAUUGAAUUUACAACCGCUUUAUCGUUCUUCUCAGAGAUUGACGCCCCCAAGAACCUGCGCCUCCUCUCCAAGACCUCCACCACCCUGGAGUUGGAAUGGGACAAUAGCGAGGCACAGGUGGAAGCCUACCAGGUGGUGUACAGCACGCUGGCAGGUGAUCAAUAUGAAAAAGUCAUCGUACCAAGAAAUGAGGGCGCAACCACCAAGACCACUCUCACCGAUCUGCUGCCCGGCACUGAAUACGGUAUCGGCAUUUCUGCCAUGAGAGGCAGCAACCAGAGCACAUCGGCUACUAUGAACGCCAGAACCGGUCUGGACGUGCCUCUGGAUCUUACCGUGACGGCAUCUACAGACGACACCAUCACCCUGAUGUGGGGAAUGGUCCAGGGUCCCAUUGACUUUUACAAAGUCACCUUUACGUCCGCCUCGGGCUUGUCCACUGAGUUGACAGUGCCAAGAGAUGAAACCACCACCACUUUGAGAGACUUAGAGCCCGGGACUGAAUACACCAUCACCGUGGCAGCCAAGAGGGGGAGACAGCAGAGCAACGUGGCUUCCAUAGAUGCCUUCACAGGGAUCAGGCCCGUUUCCCACCUCUACUUGUCCGAGGUGACUUCCGACUCGGUGCUAGUGGCGUGGAGCUCGCCUGCACCGCCUGCUGAUUUCUUCAUUCUCAGCUACAGCUCAGCUGACGGCACCGACACCUCUAAGGUGACCUUGGAAGGCUCCAAGACGAGGUCGCUGGUGCAAGGGCUGCUUCCCUCCACUCAGUAUACCGUCAGCCUAAUCACAAUACAGGGGGAUGUCACCUCUGAGCCUAUUACGGCGUCCCUCACGACAGGUAUGGACCCACCCAAGUUGAUGACCGUGUCGGCCGUGGCUGAAGACAUCGUGACCAUUUCGUGGAUCAAACCGCUGGCUCCAUUUGAAUAUUAUAAGCUUUCCUACCAGUCAGCCAAAGGUCGAGUGGACAGUGUUGUGAUUGACAGCGAUGUGACCAACUACACGUUGUCCAGUCUGUUCCCUGCUACCGAGUAUGAAAUCAGUCUGAACGCUGUCAGGGGGAGCCAGGAGAGCAAAAUGGUCAGCGCCUCGGUCUUCACAGCCAUGGACAUGCCAUCAGAGUUGACUGCGCUCAACAUCACGCCGCAAGGAGCCCUGCUGAGGUGGAACCCACCAAUGUCCAACGUCGACAAUUACGUGCUGACUCUCACGCACGACCAAGUAACAGCAGAUACGUUUCUCGUGGAGGGCAACAAGCAGGAGCACCAGCUGUCCAACCUGAAGCCGAGCACGUCCUACUCACUGGCCCUCUACGCCACCAAAGGUCCCCUCACCAGCGGCACGGUCAUCGCCAAUCUCCAAACACCUAUGGACGCCCCUCUGAACUUGACAGCCAGCGAAGUGAAUCACCGUAGCGCUCUCAUCUCCUGGCAACCGCCCAUCUCCGAAAUCGACAACUACAUGCUCACCUACAAGUCGGCUGACGGCAACCGUAAAGAGCUGAUUCUCGACGCAGAGGACACUUGGAUUCGCCUGGAGGGGCUUCCCGAGACAACAGAGUUCACCGUCAAGCUGCAGGCGGCAAGGGGUCUCGACACCAGCGCUGUCAUCUCCACUACCUUCACCACAGGGAGUCGGUUGUUUGCGACGCCUCAAAAUUGCGCCCAGCACCUGCUGAACGGCGAGACGCUGAGCGGCGUCUACACCAUUUACAUCAACAGGGACCCCAGCCAGGGCGUGCAGGUGUACUGUGACAUGAGCACGGACGAAGGAGGCUGGAUUGUGUUUCAAAGACGUCAGAAUGGCCUGACUGAUUUUUCCAGGAAAUGGAGCGACUACCGGGUCGGCUUUGGAAACCUGGAGGAUGAAUUCUGGCUAGGUUUGGACAACAUCCAGCGGGUCUCCGCUCAAGGCCGCUACGAGCUGAGGAUCGACAUGAAGGAUGGGCAGGAGUCCGUCUACGCCAAUUAUGAUAAGUUCUCCUUGGGAGAUGCCAGGAACCUGUACAAGCUCAGGAUAGGGGAGUACAACGGCACCGCCGGUGACUCUCUGAGCUACCACCAGGGACGGCCUUUCUCCACAAAAGACCGAGACAACGACAUAGCUGUCACUAACUGUGCCUUGUCCUACAAAGGAGCGUGGUGGUACAAGAAUUGCCAUCGAGCCAACCUCAACGGGAAGUACGGCGAGUCCAGACACAGUCAGGGAAUUAACUGGUACCACUGGAAGGGACACGAGUUCUCCAUUCCCUUCGUGGAGAUGAAGAUGCGGCCGUUCAACUUCCGCAGCAUCAGCAGCAAGAGGAGGCGGUCGGCGCCCGUAUAGGUUGCCUGCCUGAGCGCCCUCCUAAUUGAGAGGCGGAGACCGAUUUGAGCUCGGGCGACCGUUUUGAUGAUGAUGCUCGUCCUUUCCAUUUUUGUUUGGCAGUUGAAGGUAAAAAGAAACAAAAAAAAAUUUAUGAUUCAAUUUAAAGCUCCAAAAGGAAUGAUGAAAAAUCUGUCCUUUUUUUUGUUGUUGUUGUUGAUGUUGUAAAUAACAAAAAUAGUCAAGAUUUCUUUUUUUUUCGUUUGAAUUGUUUUAAUGAAGCAGCAAGUGGUUGGCAAUCUUGAUUCAUAGCAGCGAGCAUCAAAGGAAAACAUCGUCCGACCUCUGUUUGUCUCCGCCUCGCAUCCACGUAGAACCGUCUUUCCCUGCUGUCCUUCCUCCCGGGAGAUAAAGAAAACUGUAUGUAAUUUAUUCCGCUCUUUGAAUGACAAUUCUUCUGCUUUCUGUAAAAAAAAAAAAACAGCAGAAACAAUAACCAGGAUGCGUUAUUUUAGCCACUACCAAUAACACUUUUAACAACAACGCUAAAGGCCGUUACUGUAAGAUAUAUAAAUAUAUUUUUAUAACUGACAUUGUGGCAAAGGUCCAUCCCAUUUUGAUUUGAUGCCUUUUCAUGAUUACAUUGGUGUAAAAAGGACAACGCGGGCCUCUUUGACACUCUUUAUUUCCCAGGUUGGCUUCUGUGUCAUCAAAAAAAAAAUGUUGGAGCAAAGUUGCGCCCGCGUUAUUCCACCGUUUCAGAACCAGGACGAGAUUCGUGACAAAAAUCCGUACGUCACCGCCAUAGAAAGCCGGACAAAGACGCAUUACUUGUCGUAAAUGAAGAAUCAUUGGGUGUGAAAUUGGAUCAUUUCAGCGGCAAACCUUUUUAGGCGUCCUGACUUGCCGCAUUCUGUUGAAAAUGUACGUGAACUUUUUCGGUUCAUGUUUUGGGAGAUUUCUGUGUGAAAGAGGCUCAAGAGAUGGGAGCAUUCAAGUCGGACAUUCAGAUUCACAAACAUUCUCUCACGUCGGACUCAUCCCUUGCAAUAUACCGUAUUUGUGUUCAUGAUUAAUAUAUUAAUCUUUUAUUUUCUGUGUGCAUUGAACGUAAUUUCCGUAGUUGUCGCAUUUUUUAUUUUUUUUAGUUUAGUUUCAAGCAGUGUGUGUUGUAUCUCGUCAUAGUGAUGGUUUGAAUACCAAAGAUUGCGAACCAUACGAAGAAAUAGGAACAGAUAGAAGCCGGGCAUGUCAAAAAACACAAGCAUACAAAUAAUGAGGUUCGGUCUGCGCUUGUGCUUGCACAAAUUGUUCACGUGAACCUUUAAAAAUGGACUCAUGAUGCCACCAACAUUAAAAAAAAAAAGGAAACCUCAUGGGUCAAAUUAUAUAAACCAACCACCCCCCUCACUAACAGCCCCCAAAAUAUUGAGUGAUCCGUUGUUGUUUAAUUUCACACUUAAUGGGCUCCCACUAUUUUUAUCCGCCAAAUUAAACAGUUUGGCAGAAUAUGUCCCCCUUUAAAGUUGCAACCUGACCUCAUACUGUCAACUUCCUCCAAUUUUGAUGCCAGCAUAGACUCAAUUCAACCUCUUCAUUUAUCAUGUAGUCGUGUCGCCAUGAAGAUAUCUCGUCUUUUAGAAGUAGACGAAUGCCAAAAAAAAAAAAAAAAAAAAAGAUUCCCACUACAUCGCAGUUCCACUUGUCUUUAUUACGUCACAUUUGCCGAUCCGGGUUCAAGUCACUUGUUGAAAUAGUUGGUAGCGACAUUUCCCGGGGUUCUGUUAAUACUUGUGCCAUCUUGGAUCGUGAUCGCCGCUAGAGUUAGGUCAUCUUGUAGUGUGCAUUAACCACUUAGGCGGAGUUUGUCUCUGGGCGUCAUGAGGAACAAAUGGAACAUUGAAUGUGCUUUGGAAUAUGAGGGAUGUUACGUCAUGUCAGACUUUUUACCUUUCGCAUUACUUGGGAUUUAGUACAAAAAGUGUAUUUGAGAGAUUAAGGUUACUCUGAAGUUCGCCGACAAUCUGUUUGUAACCAUCACAGUACCAAUUUGUAAUUCCUUGCCCAUUCCAGUUCAAGAGACACUAAAGUUAACAAAUGAGUAUUCCUGAAUCUUCAUUUGAAGUUUCUCACUACUAAAAAAAUAAAUAAAAAUAUAAUAAACUUUUUUUUUUUUUUUUUUUGCAAUGUCAAGAUAACCACUUUGGCGUAAUUUCGUUUCAGGUGACUGUAAAAGUGGUUCAAAAGAAAAUGUCCUCGUCACUAUAUAAACACUCAUGGUUUACUUUUGCAGGUGUACUUUUGUACUAAGUGUGACACUGUAACUUCAGCAAAUUUGAAAUGUUGCCAUGUAAAUGCAAAGGUUUGGCUCAAUGUACUGCUGCCUGUUGGGUAAGAAAAAAAAAAAAGGAAAAAGAAGAUCUGAUACACGCUGAAAACUUGGGAUUUGUUGUUGGAUACCGUUGGAUAUUGCUGUCAAAAUUGAGCUCUAGUUUGACAUAAACGUGUACGAUAUAGUUCCUUUUAUAAUACAUUUUCUACAUAUUAAUAAAAUAUUCAAAUAGUCAA